GCGAAAAAUCUAGAAAAAGGAAAAUUAUAACAGUAUGUAGGAUUGUGACAGAAUGAAGCACCCCUUGGGCAAUUGUGACAAUUUUGACAAAUGCCGUUUUGGAAAAAAGUGAUCUGCGAGAUGAAUUUUCUUUAAUAAAUUUUAUUCACACCGUUUUCUUAGAAUAUUUUAAGUUGUUUUACCAUCGCAACACCUCUCGACAAGUCUCACCCGUAGAUUCACGUAUUCUGUAUUGUUUCUCGGUGGAAACGGUGGUGUUUGCUUGUGAAAAUCUGAGAAAACGUGUGUGACUUUAGUUUUUGGAUGCACGAAGAAGACCACAAAAAAGUCUGGCUAUUGUGACACAAGAGAACAAAAAAAUUUUCCAUAAAAAUUGCAUUUAUUGUGCCAUUAAAUGUGCGAAUAGUUAUUAAGAAUUGUAAAAAAUGUCCGCAUUGAGGUGUCACAGUGGAUAGAUAAAUUGGUUCUCGGUUGCGUGUACAAAAGGGCAAACGGAAAGAAGUAAGAUGCCCACUAGAACGGGAAUCAAGAAGCCCCUUGGAAUAGUUCUCCGGAACAGGAAGACAAUAAAAGACGGUGUCAUCACGAGUUCCGGAAUUGGAGAUCCGAGCGUCUAUCAUGCAUUAGUGGUAAUAUUUUUGGAAUUUUUCGCCUGGGGUCUCCUCACGAUGCCUGUAAUUUCGGUUCUCAAUCAAACCUUCCCCGAUCACACAUUUUUGAUGAAUGGUCUGGUGAUGGGAAUUAAGGGGAUUCUGUCAUUUCUCAGUGCACCCCUCAUUGGAGCCUUGUCUGAUGUGUGGGGAAGGAAGUUUUUCCUUCUUAUCACGGUGUUUUUCACAUGUGCUCCGAUUCCUCUGAUGACCAUCAAUACUUGGUGGUUCUUUGCAAUGAUCUCAAUUAGUGGCGUUUUUGCGGUCACAUUUUCUGUUGUAUUUGCCUAUGUGGCUGAUGUGACGACAGUUGAGAAUCGGUCGCGAGCCUAUGGACUCGUGUCAGCCACAUUUGCCGCCAGCCUCGUGAUCUCCCCCGCACUUGGGGCAUAUUUAAUCACGAAACACAAUGACACGGUAAUUGUGGCCCUUGCAACGGCCAUUGCGAUCCUCGAUGUGUUCUUCAUUCUGGUCGCUGUGCCGGAAAGCUUGCCAGAGAAAGUUAGACCGAGCUCCUGGGGAGCUCCGAUUAGCUGGGAGCAAGCAGAUCCGUUUGCCGCCCUACGAAAAGUUGGAAUGGACCAGACUAUUCUGCUGCAGUGUGUUACAGUGCUUUUGUCAUAUUUGCCCGAGGCUGGCCAAUAUUCCUGCAUCUUUGUGUAUUUGAAUUUAAAAAUGGGCUUCAGUUCUAUUGAAGUUUCUGUUUUUAUUGCCGUUGUUGGAACCUUGAGUAUUCUGGCGCAAUUAGUUUUAGGAGUCUUAAUGAGAGUUCUUGGUGCGAAACGUACAAUAAUUAUAGGGCUGCUAUUUGAAAUGAUGCAACUUCUCUGGUAUGGAUUUGGGAGUGAAACAUGGAUGAUGUGGGCUGCUGGAAUAUUAGCAUCUCUAGGAUCAAUAACUUACCCAGCCAUAAGUGCGUCAGUCUCGAUUUUGUCUACUCCAAAUAGACAAGGUGUUGUUCAGGGUAUGGUAACUGGAAUGCGUGGGUUGUGCAAUGGCCUUGGACCGGCUAUGUUUGGCGUAAUUUUCUACCUUUUCCACGUGGAUUUGAACGAUGAGCACAACAAAAUAAAUAAUAGUCAUAGUAUAGAUACGAAAUUGAUACGAAAUGAGACGAUCCGAGGUGGAGAUACCAUAAGUCAGAUCAUUCCUGGACCUCCUUUUGUCUUUGGCGCAAUGAUGGUUAUUGUCGCAAUUUUGGUAGCGUCCUACAUCCCUGAAAACCCCACUGAGAGGGUUAUUCGACGUGUUUCAGGUGUCUCACUGGAUAUUCAAUCGGAGACAGAGAAAGGUGGUCGAAAGGUAACUUCAGCUGCAGCUGGACCACUCCUUAGUCCACUUUCCACGCUGCACCAGGAUUCUGCUCAGCUGUAGAGGUGUUGGGAGAUUUUUUUAAACAAAAUAACUUGAUAAACUUUUUGCUCGUCUGUCCAAAAAAAAAAAGAAAAGAGAUGGCAUUAAUGCAAAUCACAACAGCCAAAAAAACACAAGCUCAGCCACAGUGUGUUUUCAUAAAUAAUUUCAUAUAUUUAGCGCAUGGACAGUGACAAAGGGAUGAAUCAGUUUGAAUAUUUUUCACAUUGUGAUGAAAAAUUUGACAAAAAAAGUAAAAUGAUUUAGUGAAAAGCAUUAACCUUUCCCAGAAUAUAAAUUUUGAAAAAAUAUGCAUUGGCCACAUUUUGAGGAGACAUCUUCAAUUGUGAUUUUAAUUAAUUUUCAAAAGGGGUGGAAAAAAGGACGAAAUAUCUGUGAUGAAAUUAAAAUAAACUUUUAAAAGAAACAAAAAAUGCUAACCCUUUCGCCAUACAAACCUGAAUUAUAAAUAUUUUUUUUAAAACAUCCUUUGUUCCUCAAUAUCUGGAUUUAUUUAAAAUUGCAAAUCUUCUCUACAAUUAUAUUUUCUUUUAUAUUAUAACAACUUAUCCGAAAUAAUAAAUUUAUUUCUGAAGGAAAAAAAAUGUUUAAAAAAGUUCAACAUAAAGUGUUCGUAAUUUGAAGGGAUUUGAAAUUGACGAUUUAAGACAUCGAAUCCUUGUUGAGUAAAUUAAAAAGUACCUAAUAAAAAGUAAAUUUAUUCUGGGAAUUAUUUGCCUCUUUUUUUUUAAAUAAAACUGUUUAUUGGUAAAAAGUAAAAAUCAAAUAGGAUGAGUUAAAGACGCUAUUGCGAAAGGAUUAUCAUUGCGUUUUUGUAUCUUCAUUUAAAAUUAUCUAUUCCUACUAUGUACAUUGUAGAAGCAUUUUGUUUAAUUAAAAUGACUAGGUACAUAUAUUCAUUUUUAUUCCAUUUUUUUUGGAAUGUACAAGGAAACAAUACGUCAUUGACUAUACAUGCUUGUUAUUUCUAAAAAGAAAAUAAAACUUACGAUUUUACGCAUAACUUCUCAUCAUUUUGUUUCUACUGAAAUCAUAAUUAAAAAAAAACAAUAUAUAUUGUGCAGAACUUAUGGAAGAAAAUGUUUUUUUUACCUGAUAAAUUACGAGGUCUCCUAGAAUUUAUACUUUAUCAAGACAAGUUUUUUGACCACCUAUAUGUACUGAAGUAGAGGUAUAUUGAAGAUCCUUGAUAAAAAUAAAAAUCAGUCGAAAUCUAUAUUAGGAGAAGGAAUGGCAUACGCAUGAUGAAUCAACUGUGACUUUUUUUUAUUACUUUGACUAAUUUAUUGUAAAAUUUCUUAAACUGUUAAGCUUUAUAUGGUGCUUAUUGCUGUCUUUUAGAAUCAUCACAUUUUUUCAAUUAGUAUUGCUUUAUAAAAUUAUUAAGGAUUUUAUUGAAUAGGUAAUUUCAUUAAAAAAAAUACAAUGUCUGCAAAGAAGUAAAAAAAAACUGAUCCCCUCCUUUAUAGAAUGGAAAAUGAAUUUUAAAUAUAUAAUCACGAAAAGUAGAAAUAGCUUAUAGUGUAUGUAUUUAGGAAAGUGCAUACCUAUUCAUUUAGUAUUUCCUGAUAUUCUUUUUGUUGAACAAUUUGGAAAUCAUUCUUGAAGUCUCACCCGCAGAUGUGGCCAAUGGGAGAAGAGAUAUAUAAAGUAGAUAAAAUGAUAAAAAAGAAGAUUGAAAAAGAAGAAAUGUAUGUAAAAUGUAUGAUAUAUAUGAAGAGUUCUAAGAAAAAAAGAUUCAUGCUAGUCUUGAAAUACAUUUAUUUUUAAUUUAUUCCUUCGCACAUUUUUCUUGCUACUACCAAUGUCAUUUGCUGCGCAAGAGGAUAUGGAAACAUUCCAAAUAUCCCGAAUUUCUGGGAAAAAAAAUGAUAUUCUUUGGGUAUUCCCAGCAUUUUCAGGUGCCAAUCAGUCAGUCAAAGCAUCAUCAUGGGAUAGUUAUUAUGCAGAAUGGGAUAAGUGAUGAUGGUAAGAUUUAUUGCAAUGUGUGCGGCCUCCCAAUAUCCAGAACGUACAAUGAAUUUUGCUGAGUGACGUAUCCACGAAAAAUUAAUCAAUGAGUAGUUCAUA